GCUAAUGUGACAAGGAGCACACCUGCCAGGAGCCCUCUUAGAGUCAAGCUCCACUCAUGCAAAUCAGAUCUUUGGCCAGACUCCUUGAUCUUAUGCAACGGCUUCAGCCUACAGUGAGUCAGUUGAUUCAUAGAGCUGUGCUCUGAACAAAGAAAGUGCUAACAUGGCUGAAUAAGACCCCGGGAAAGCAUUUCUAACAAUUCUCCCCCUUUUCUUUUUCUAUAUGAAACUAUGCAAGCAGCUCCCAGUACAUCAUCAUUGUAGAAUAUUGUGUUUGUUGCAAGAGAAAGAUGUGCUUUUAUGGGAAGCUAGAGGAAAUGAUCUUUUGGCUGCUGUCUUCUUCAUUGGCUACCACCAACUUCCUUCUCCUCUUCCUCUUUUCCUCCUCCUUGUCCUCCUCUUGCCUGUCUCCUGCCAUCCCCUGUUCUUUCUGCCCUCAUCUGACCACCAGAAAGAAGACUCAAAUGGAUGCUAAAAAGCCAAGGAAACAGAGUUUGACUUCUUUACCAAUUUUGAAAACAAGAAAGAAAGAAAAUUUCACCUCUGGGAAGGUUGAGAGUCAACCUUUGGUCCAAGUCCAAAAGCUGCCUUCCAAGAUCAAGAACCCUAGAAUGACCCGAUUUUUAUAUAAGACGACAAGCACUAACAUUACGUCACACCCUUUUGUGGACCCCAGUGGGAAGAAGAACUCAGUUAACUUCCCAUGCAUCAGCAACAAAAACCUGUUGAAACCACCCCUUCGGUAUCAGGAAAAUCAAACUAAUAAUCAGGUGCUGGCCAUGGAGAACAAGACUUCAGAAAUACCUUUCCACUCUAGCAUUAAAAUCCAAGGUUCUAACCCUGAGGAGAAGUCUCCAAGGAAACACAAGGCUCCAAGGAAACCUUUGACAGCAGCAGAGGCCCUAAAGUGUUAUAAGAAUCAGCUGUCUCUUUAUGAGCAAAGUGAAAUCCUGGGCUACACAGAGCUGUGGUUUCUGGGGCUUGAAGCUAAGAAGCUGAACGUGGACCCUGAAAAAUUUAGCAAGACAAGUUUUGAUGAUGAACAUGGCUCCUACAUGAAGGUCCUGCAUGACCAUAUUGCCUACCGCUAUGAAGUUCUGGAGAUGAUUGGGAAAGGGUCCUUUGGACAGGUGGCCAAGUGCUUGGAUCACAAAAACAAUGAGUUGGUGGCCCUGAAAAUCAUCAGGAACAAAAAAAGAUUUCACCACCAGGCCCUGGUAGAGCUGAAGAUCCUGGAAGCGCUCAGAAAGAAGGACAAGGAUAACAACUACAAUGUGGUGCACAUGAAGGACUUUUUCUACUUCCGCAACCACCUAUGUAUCACCUUCGAACUCUUGGGAAUCAACUUGUAUGAGUUGAUGAAGAAUAACAGCUUUCAAGGCUUCAGUCUGUCACUAGUUCGCCGCUUCACCCUCUGUGUUUUGAAGUGCUUACAAAUGCUUUAUGUAGAGAAAAUCAUUCACUGUGAUCUCAAGCCUGAAAAUAUAGUACUGCACCAAAAGGGCCAAGUUUCUGUUAAAGUUAUUGACUUUGGAUCGAGCUGUUAUGAACACCAGAAAGUGUACACCUACAUCCAAAGCCGAUUCUAUCGAUCCCCCGAGGUGAUCCUGGGCCACCCCUACAACAUGGCCAUCGACAUGUGGAGCCUGGGCUGCAUCAUGGCAGAGCUGUACAUGGGCUACCCUCUCUUUGCUGGGGAGAAUGAGGUGGAGCAGCUGGCUUGUAUCAUGGAGGUCCUGGGCCUGCCACCAACCCGCUUUAUCCAGACAGCUUCCAGGAGACAGACAUUCUUUGAUUCCAAAGGUUUUCCUAAAAAUAUAACCAACAACAGGGGGAAAAAAAGGUACCCGGAUUCCAAGGAUCUUACGAUGGUGCUGAAAACCUGUGACUCCAGCUUCCUGGACUUCCUCAGAAGGUGUUUGGUAUGGGAACCUUCACUUCGCAUGACCCCUGAUCAGGCCCUCAAGCACGCCUGGAUUCAUGAUACACGGAAUCUCAAACCAUGGCCCAGGCCCCAGACCUUGAGGAAAUCUAGUUUCCAUUUUCCCUCUGAUCCAAGCAAAAACAAGGUUCAAGGACAUCAUCAUUCCACCAAAAAUAAAAAAGGUGAGACCUCCAAAGACACCACAGACAAAAACAAGGAUGGUGCCACUAAGCACUCUCCAAAUCCCAGUGCGCAGCAGGCGUCUCUCCCACACAUCACUGACACCAUCCAGCUGCCUCCCAUCGCAGACACUCACAAGAAGCCAGAGGUCACUGUUGGACAAGAGGCACCGGUGACCUCCAGAGAACAACAAAGCAAAAACUCUUCUCCCAAAAACACAAACACUCUGCCACCUAUUAUGUGACCCUUGCUGAAGGCAUGUCCUGUUCCUUUCCACCUGUGAUUUGUUACAGACAGCUCUUAUAUUGUACAAUACUUCACAUUUUUUAUGCAUAAAUAUUUCAAAAAUUAAAACUAUUC